AUGGACCUGGUAUCCAUGAUCUCCGGAUCUGCCCAAGAUUUCAAGCUGGUACUUGAUUACCUUCCAACCUAUCUCCCCCAAUUCUCUCAAUUCUACAACAUCAUGUACGGCGUGUCUCUGGGUGGACACACAGCGUGGCGCAUCGCUUCACUGACUCCUCCAGGCCAGAUUUACGCCUACACCAUGAUUGUGGGCUGCCCUAGUCUCUCCACUCUGCUUCUCGGUCGUCUGGGCAUCGAUCCAACGAUUGGAAACGGUCCGGAUGGAGAGUCGUUCGAUUAUGAAAAGCUCCGUCAGGCAAUGGAUCCAAAACAGCAAAGGCGAUGGCCUCGCGCUUUGGCGGAGAUCGUGCAUCACGAUGAUCAGCAAGUCACAGACGCCUUUCCUGCUGAUGUACCGCUGCUUCUGUGCAAUGGGCGGUUUGAUAAGUUGGUCCCAGCGAAAUAUACCGCGGCUUGGGUAGAGGAGCGACGGAAUAGAACGGGGGGCAAACAAGAUAUUAGAUUUUUUGUACAGGACAAUACGGGCCAUAGCUGCACCAAGGAGAUGGUGGCGAUGACGGCUGGGUGGGUGAGAGAUAUUCUUCCUUCUCGUGCUCCGCAGCCAUUUUUGUAA